UUGUAAUGCUGAGCAUGUGAGCCCAUCCCCCGCCUAGCGGUAGCCGCUUGAUCGCUUGAUUACUAAUUAAUGAAGCCGGAGGAACGGGCGACGGUGGGAGCUGGAUGGGUUUUAAGAGAGCCGUGGCGCUCUUCUGUUUACUGCUUGGGCAGGAAUGUAGAACGCACUUUUCAACUUGCUAAAACAACUUCCAGGAAGCUUGUUCCGGUCGACGACCUCCGAAGUUGCGUGGGGCUUUCCAACUCCUGCUAAUGGCUAACACGUGUGUUAAAUACAAAACAAUAGUCUUGUGAAUAAGCUGCGUUUUAAGGCGUGGAAGCGUGCGCUUCGUUUCCUGCGCGGAUUCUCUGGCUUCAGCUACAUGCAAAUAAACCAGAACCUGAUGGCUAAGGCGUUGUACGACAACGUGCCAGAGACGCCGGAAGAGCUGGAGUUCCACAAAGGUGACAUCCUGACAGUGAUCGAGCAGAACACCGGCGGCCUGGAGGGCUGGUGGCUCUGCUCACUGCAUGGACGGCAGGGAAUCGCGCCAGGCAACCGCCUCAAGUUGCUGGUUGGGGGCAUGUUCGAAGGCGGCACUGUGAGCACAGCUCCACCCCAUGGCCUAGCCUGCCAACAGAGCCCACACACCCCCAAGGGCUCCUACCAGGUGCCCCCCUUGCACCAGUCCACACAGGGCCAGCCCAUCUACCAGGUCCCGCCCACACCGGACGUGUACCAGGUCCCACAGAGGAGCGCGCUGGCUGCAGAUGCAAUGCCCAACAGGGUGCUGACCCCAACACGAAAGGGACAGGCAUAUUCUUACAGCCUCACCCCCAGCAACUCCCAGAAACUCUAUGAUGUACCUCCCCUACGAACACAGGGCGUGUAUGACAUUCCACCUAGCAAACAGAUAGGACAGAGUUCUCAUGGUCAAAGUGUUUAUGACAUCCCUCCGUCACAGGACGUACGUAACCAGGGGCUGUACGAUGUCCCUCUGCAAUCACAAGGGGUAAAUUCCACCCCUCCCUGCCAGAGUGUUGCUGCAUUGGAUGAGGGGAACUAUGACUUCCCCCAACCGCACAAGCAAAAGGCCGAGGGUGUUUAUGACAUUCCACCAGCAUUCCUGUCCAAAACCACGCAAUGCACCCAGUCCAACUACGAUUUCCCCCUGAGUUCAGAGCCCUGUGUCACCACCGGAAGUGACAGCAGCAUUUAUGACGUUCCAGCCAGCCAGAUCACCUCCACGGCAUCCCAUGACCUGUAUGAUAUUCCCCGCAGCAUGCAAACGCAGCAUCGCGAUCGUGAGCGGGGCCAUGGCAGAGGCAUCUAUGACGUUCCAGCAACAGACUUGCGCACAUUCACUGACAUGACAGACAGCGUGAACUGCCUGUCAUUAUCUAGCACAGGCAGCAGUAUGUCCACGUCGUCCUCAACAGCAGGGUCACCGGCCGAGGGCCGUUUGGCGAUAGACCUGGACUCUGCCCUGCAGCGCCUGGGCUGCCUACAGCGGGCCCUGGAUGCCUCCGUGUCCACCCUGCAGGGUCUGGCUGCCUCACCCUGCUGGCGCACACACAGCUUCCUGGAGCAAUGGGCUGGCGAGGUGCGCAGGGCACUGGAGCGCGUCCGCACCGCUCUGGCUGACUUCUUAGCCUUCGGGCGGGGGGCAGCAACCAAUGCCACCACCCUCUCAGACCCAGCGCUGCACUCGAAGCUGCGCAGGCAGCUGCAGCGACUGGAGGACGCCCAGCAGAUCCUGCAACAGACGCACAGGAGCCUGGAGAGCAGCGGCUGGACCCCCGCUGCCCUCGCCAGUGGCCCUGGGCAACAGGGCAAAGGUGACGAGCUGGACCGUGCCAUCAUGGUGUCGCGGACCGUGCCAGACGACGGCAGGCAGCUGGCAUCAACAGUACGGGGCAGCGCAGAACUGCUGUUCCGGAGGGCUCCUGUAGAGGGCAUUGUUCAUCCAUUCACCUGUUCCCCACCACAGGAGGACAACUCCAGCAGCCAGACAAAACCUUUCCCAGUAGGGCAGGACAGCGAGCAGUGCGUGAAAAGCUGGAUGGAGGACUACGACUAUGUUCAUUUGCAGCAGAAUCAGCUGACACUGUUGUCCAUUUUAAAGGGUAAAGAAGAAUUUGAGCGUCAACAGAAGGAGCUUUUAGAGAAGGAGGACAUCGUAAAGCAGAACAAGAUUCACCUGGCUCAGGAUCAGUUGAACCAGUUUAAGAAGCUGGAACAGGAGGUCAUUAAACCUGUAGAGAAUGACAUCACACAGUGGAUCUCCCAUCAACAUUCAACAGGCUCCACCUCCCCUUCAGGCUCCUCCUCCACUUCAUCUGUGGGAGGUGGAGCUCAUCUGUGUGGGCAGGACCGGCAGCUGCUGGCCUUCUAUGGGGAGCAGUGCGAACAGCACUUUGUCAGUCUACUCAAUGCCGUGGACGCGUUCUUCGGCUGUGUGGCAACCGGUCAGCCACCACGAAUCUUUGUUGCACAUGCCAAGUUCGUCAUCCUCAGUGCACACAAGCUGGUGUUCAUCGGGGACACACUGUCGCGACAGGCUUCAUCCCCUGAUGUGGCCAACCGGGUGAUGGACUCCAGUAACGUACUCUGUGAGCUUCUAAAGACCGUGGUGGCCUCCACCAAGACAGCCGCCCUGCAUUACCCAAACACACCUACUGUGCAGGAAAUGGUGGACCGUGUCACACACCUCUCACACCAAGCACAGCAGUUUAAAGUGCAGCUAUUACACAUGGCCACAUUCUGACCUCGCAGUGUGAUCCCCUUCUAACAGACGCUUAGAGCAUUGUACAUUGUCCUUUGUAAAUACUGCUGUUUCCUUCUUUGUAAAUAUUUAGCUGUAUUUUUGUUUCGAUUUCUUUUCUAUAAUAUUAAGAAUGUAAUGAAUAUGAAAUUGCAUUCUAGAGCAAUAUAACGUUCCACUUUUUGUUGAGCACCUUAUAAGUCGACUUCAUUUUGUUAUUAUGACCUGUAGAUCAAUGCUGCUGCUGCUGCUAGAAUUCCAGGGUUAGGGUUAUGGGUGUGGUUACAGUUAUGGUUACAGGGUAAUCCUAACCAUGCUGGAAUUCCAGGUAGUUCUUGCAUUAUGCUGCAUUCUAUCCUGCAGUGAAAAAAAAAAAAAAAAAAAAGCCUUUUCCUCACCAAAUGACUUUUUUGCUUCAUUAUCAUUUAAUUGUUAAAAUUAUCAAAAAUAUGGUUAAAAUCAGGUUAAAUUAUAUGCAUGUUUACUAAAAGCUACACAAGGCUCUUCAGACAUUAGGAACUAAUAUUUUAGAACUGUUUUUAAUGGGUUAUUUCUGUCUGUUUUAUGACUUAUGACUUAAUGCCGAAAUAUAUAGACGCACUAACUGCUAUAAUCACCCCUGCAUCAGAGCAUGUUUCAGCUCUACAGUUUGAGUCUUGCUGUAGGCUUGUUGUUUUGCUGACCUCUAGUAACCAGCUGUUAGGGUUAGUCAGCCUGUAGAUGCAUCUGUCUGGUGCCUGUGUUGUACUGGACUACACAGUAUAGAGAUGAGGAGAGGCUCUUCCAAAUGGCUUCAUACCCUUCUUCUCUAACCAUAAUCCUAUAGGCUCCCCCACACAUGGUUUUCAACCAGACCUCUAAAACCUUCCCCCAUGUUAUCACACACUCCAAGAUGUCCCAGAUUUCCUAACUGCAGUCAUUUUUAGCCCCAAAAUUGACAUCGAGAUGACUUUUUCUACCCAAAUACAAAAGCUUUUAAAGGGUACACACAGUUUACUUCAUCAAACAUAUUUAAGGAUACAUAAAGCCAGAAUAAAUACUGAUUUAUAGCUUUAAGAAAAAAACAGAGCACUGUUUCGCACAGGCUGAGAAUUGACUUGUAGUGGGUAGUGCAGCAUGUGAACGACAUGCUUGCAAAGACUCACACAGUUUUUAGGGGGACAGUGCAACCCAGGUUAUUUUCUGUAGCUACAAUUUAUAGAUGUUCCCUAAAUGCUUCACAUAUUAUAGAUGUUCCCUAAGUUCCUCACAUUCAGGCUCAAGCUCAGUGCAUGUCAUACAGAUGAAAGUAUAAAACACUCAUUUGAGGAUAUUAAGAAUGUUAAGAUGGUUUCUUUGAAAGUAGCUUUAUAAAUAAACUGGGUGUUCUGCACAUAGUAAAGUUUUAUUCAGUCCUAUGUAUACCCAACAUGCUGGAAAGACUGAUGCAAACAGUUGUGCAAGACAAGACCCAAAAGAAUGAGCCUUGUGUCAGCUCUUUGUGGAUUUAUAAAAUUAAGUCUUAUCUUUAUGAUAACGUUAAUAAACCAUGUUGGAGCACAGUUUGAACAGCACAGUAUGAAAAUGUCACAGGUAUACUUGUUGAAGGCCAUAAGGAGAUCAAUAAAAUCCAAAAUACUUCUUA